CUCUCCAUGGUGGCUAAUCUUUUCAAGAGCUUAAUUUUACCUUAUAUACAUAAGCUUUGCAAAGGAAUGUUUACAAGGAAAUUGGGAAAUACAACCAAAAAAAAGGAGAAUCAUCAGCAGAAAAAGGGUCAAGAUUUUCCUACCGCUGGCCAGACCAAAACAGCCACAUUUUCUAACACUUUGAAAAGCACUGUAAAGAGGAUUGCAAAGUGUUCGUCCACUCGCAACUUACCUUCGGAAGAAGGUGAGACUAACAAAGACUUUUCCCUCUCACCAACAUUCAGUUACCGUGUUGCUAUUGCCAAUGGCCUUCAGAAGAACAUUCAAGUGACCAGCAGUGAUCAUGAGGGUCUGCCUCAAGAGCUGUCUUCUGUUGAGAGUUCUUACUCUGAAUCUUUAAAUGAAUUGAGCAGUGCGGAGGACCAGACCCAUCCAGCGUGUACCAUGCCAGUGGGGCGAAGCAGGAAGAGCUCCAGCAGCCUUGCUCCCUCGGAGGGAAGCUCUGAUGGGGAGCGCACACUACACAGCCUGAAACUGGGGGCUUUAAAGAAGCUGCGGAAAUGGAAAAAGAGCCAGGAAUGUGUCUCCUCUGACCCAGAGCUGAGCACUGUGAAGAGGACCUGGGGGUUAAGGAGCAAGUCUUUGGACAGGACCGCUCGCCGCCCCAAGACAGCAGCCCUAGAGCCAGGGUUCAGCUCCUCUGGCUGCCUCAGCCAUACACAUGAUGUGAUGGAGAUGAUCUUCAAGGAACUGCAAGGGAUUAGCCAGAUUGAGACAGAGCUGUCUGAGCUGCGAGGCCAUGUGGAUGCCCUGAGGCUCUCCAUUGAUGAGAUCUCCAGCAGUGUGGAGGUGGUGCAGAGUGAAAUUGAGCAGCUGCGGACAGGUUUUGUGCAGUCCCGGAGAGAGACCAGGGAUAUACAUGACUACAUUCGAUGCCUAGGUCACACAGGCAGCAAGGCAAGCCUGAGGUUCUUAAAUGUGCCUGAAGAGAGAUUUGAAUACACUGAAAAUGUGGUGUACCAGAUUCUAACAGACAAAAUGGGCUUCUCAGAUGCACCAAAUGCUGUGAAAAUUGAAUAUGCUCAGAGGGUGGGACACCAACGGGACUGUCCAAAUGCUAAACCUCGACCCAUACUUGUGUACUUUGAAACCCCUCAGCAGAGGGAUUCUGUCUUAAAAAGAUCAUACAAACUCAAAGGAACGGGCAUUGGAGUAUCAACAGAUAUUCUGACUUACGAUAUCAGAGAAAGAAAAGAGAAAACAAUACCAUCUUCCCAGACCUAUGAGAGUAUGGACAUGAAGUUGUCUACUCCAGAGCCCAAAGCAAAGAAGAGCAGUUGGCAUUCACCUGGUGACAGCGAUAGGGAGUUGGAAUCCGACUUCAACAGAAACAGUUAUGCUGUGCUUUCCAAGCCAGAGCUUCCAACCAAGGGGAGCGCUUCCAAGUCAAGCUCAAAAUCACACAGUGCUAGAUCUAAGAAUAAAACUGUGAAUAGCAGCAGAAUUUCAAACCAGCCAGAUCAUGAUGAAACAUCUUCACAACUACCAGGAUCAAAUAAUGUGGAAAAGCAAACCAUAGCCCAAUAUGCAGGUGCCACGCCCCUGUGGCAUUCACAGAGUGAUUUUUUCACUGCUAAACUCAGUCGCUCUGAAUCAGAUUUUUCCAAAUUAUGUCAGUCUUACUCAGAAGAUUUUUCAGAACAUCAGUUUUUUGCUAGAACUAAUGGGAGCUCCCUCCUGUCAUCCUCAGACAGGGAACUGUGGCAAAGGAAACAAGAAGGCACACCUGCCUUGUAUGAUAGUCCUCAAGACCAUCAUCCUGGUGAGAGCACUCCGGGUGUCCAAGUGCAGAGUGAACUUCAGAACACAGAAACUGUGGACAGUGCAAUGAGUAACAGCAUGGUAUAUGCAUCUGCAGACCGAAGUCAUUACAGUGACUCUCAGCUCUCUCUACAUGCAGACCUCUCUCCAUGGAAGGAAUGGAAUCAGGUGGAACAAGGAACUGAUUUAGGUUUGGAUUCAUCCACUCAGGAAGUGCUGGACUAUGACACUAACAGUUUAUCUGACCAACAGAUGGAUGUCUUCAAUAAAGACCUAGAAGACAUAGGAAAGUGCCACAGUGACCUUCAAGAUGACUCUGAAAGCUAUGAUUUAACCCAAGAUGACAAUUCAUCCCCAUGCCCUGGAUUAGAUAAUGAACCCCGAGGCCAGUGGGCUAGCCAAUACGAUUCUUAUCCGGAAGCUAAUUCUAAUGAACUGUUCCAAAACCAAAGCCCAUUGUCCAUGAUGUAUCGAAGUCAAAGUGAAUUGCAAAGUGAUGAUUCAGAGGAUGUCCCACCCAAAUCUUGGCAUAGCCGACUGAGCAUUGAUCUUUCUGAUAAGGCUUUCAGCUUCCCAAAAUUUGGAUCUACACUGCAAAGGGCCAAAUCAGCCUUGGAAGUAGUGUGGAACAAAAGCACACAGAGUCUAAGUGGGUAUGAAGACAGUGGCUCCUCCCUAAUGGGGAGAUUUCGGACACUGUCUCAAUCCACUGCCAAUGAGUCCAGUACUACGCUCGACUCAGAUGUCUACACAGAGCCCUAUUACUACAAAGCAGAGGAUGAGGAGGACUAUAAUGAACCAGUGGUGGACAAUGAGACAGAUUACGUUGAAGUGAUGGAACAAGUCCUUGCUAAACUGGAAAACAGGACUAGUGUUGCAGAAACAGAUGAACUAAUGCAGGAAUAUGAUGCUCCUUUGUAUGAGACACCAUAUGAAACCCCACAGGAUGAGGGUUACGAAGGGCAGGCAGAUGACGUGGUCAGUGAAGGGGAGCUAGAACCUGUAAUUGAACUAGCAGCUGAAAUGCAGAUACAAGAUGAUGAAAACCAAAACAUCCCCGAACAGCCACUGGAAAUCACAAAGCCAAAGAGAAUCCGUCCCUCCUUCAAAGAAGCAGCUCUGAGGGCCUAUAAGAAGCAAAUGGCAGAAUUGGAAGAGAAGAUCCUGGCUGGAGACAGCAGUUCUGUGGAUGAAAAGGCUCGGAUAGUAAGUGGCGGCGGCUCGGAGGCUCCCGGACUCUCGGCGCUCCAGGCAUUCGGGGGGGCCGGGUGGGGACUGUAUGGCAUCGACAGCAUGCCGGACCUCCGCAGGAAGAAGACACUGCCCAUUGUUAGGGAUGCGGCCAUGACCCUGGCUGCGCGGAAGUCCGGCCUCUCCUUGGCGAUGGUGAUCAGGACGUCGCUGAACGACGAGGAGCUGAAGAUGCACGUCUUCAGGAAGACCCUGCAGGCGCUCGUCUACCCCAUGUCCUGCACCACGCCGCACGCCUUCGAGGUGUGGACAGCCACCACGCCCACCUACUGCUACGAGUGCGAGGGGCUGCUGUGGGGCAUCGCGCGGCAGGGCGUGCGCUGCCUGGAGUGCGGCGUCAAGUGCCACGAGAAGUGCCAGGACCUUGGUUCCGCCACCUGCCUCACAAGAGCAGCAGAGAAGAGCUCUAAGCACGGCACUGAGGACAAGACGCAGACCAUCAUCACAGCCAUGAAAGAAAGAAUGAAGAUCAGGGAGAAAAACAGGCCAGAGGUGUUUGAAGUCAUCCAGGAAAUGUUUCAGAUUCCUAAAGAGGAUUUUGUGCAGUACACGAAGGCAGCCAAGCAGAGUGUGCUGGACGGGACAUCUAAGUGGUCUGCCAAAAUCACCAUUACAGUGGUUUCUGCACAAGGCUUGCAAGCAAAAGACAAAACAGGAUCAAGUGACCCCUAUGUGACAGUUCAAGUUGGAAAAAACAAAAAAAGGACUAAAACCAUUUUUGGAAACUUGAAUCCAGUGUGGGAUGAGAAGUUUUACUUCGAGUGCCACAACUCCACAGACCGGAUCAAGGUCCGAGUGUGGGACGAAGACGAUGACCUCAAGUCACGAGUGAAGCAGCACUUCAAGAAGGAGUCAGACGACUUCCUGGGACAGACGAUCGUAGAAGUGAGGACGCUGAGCGGAGAGAUGGACGUCUGGUACAACCUAGAGAAACGAACAGAUAAGUCAGCUGUUUCCGGGGCCAUCCGCUUGAAAAUCAAUGUGGAAAUAAAAGGAGAGGAGAAGGUGGCUCCAUACCACAUACAAUAUACAUGUUUGCAUGAGAAUCUCUUCCACUACUUGACGGAAGUGAAAUCCAAUGGUGGCGUGAAAAUCCCAGAAGUCAAAGGAGAUGAAGCCUGGAAAGUCUUCUUUGAUGAUGCUCCCCAAGAAAUAGUCGAUGAGUUUGCCAUGCGGUACGGGAUCGAGUCCAUUUAUCAAGCCAUGACGCACUUUUCCUGCCUGUCCUCCAAGUACAUGUGCCCCGGGGUGCCCGCCGUCAUGAGCACCCUGCUGGCCAACAUCAACGCCUUCUACGCGCACACCACCGCGACCACGAAUGUGCAGGUUUCCGCCUCCGACAGAUUUGCCGCCACCAACUUUGGUAGGGAAAAAUUCAUAAAACUGCUGGACCAGCUGCACAACUCCCUAAGGAUUGACCUGUCAAAGUACCGGGAAAACUUCCCCGCUAGCAACAGCGAGAGGCUGCAGGACCUAAAGUCCACAGUGGACCUGCUCACCAGCAUCACCUUCUUCAGGAUGAAGGUGCUGGAGCUGCAGAGCCCGCCGCGGGCCAGCACAGUGGUGAAGGACUGCGUCCGCGCCUGCCUGGACUCCACCUACAAGUACAUCUUCGACAACUGCCACGAACUCUACGCCCAGCUCAUAGACCCGAGUAAGAAACAGGACGUCCCCCGGGAAGAUCAGGGCCCAACCACCAAGGACUUGGACUUCUGGCCCCAGCUGAUCACGCUGAUGGUGAUGAUUAUCGAUGAGGGCAACGCUGCCUACACACCCAUCCUGAACCAGUUUCCUCAGGAACUGAACAUGGGGAAGAUAAGUGCUGAAAUCAUGUGGACUCUCUUCGCCCUCGACAUGAAGUAUGCUUUAGAAGAACACCAGAGGCAGCGGUUCUGCAAGAGCACCGAGUACAUGAAUUUGCAUUUCACAGUGAAGUGGUUCUAUAACGAGUACGUGCGCGACCUCCCUGCCUUCAAGGAUGCGGUCCCCGAGUACUCCCUGUGGUUCGAACCUUUUGCUAUGCAGUGGCUAGAGGAGAAUGAAGAUGUAUCCAUGGAGCUCCUCCACGGAGCACUGGGAAGGGACAAGAAGGAUGGGUUCCAGCAGACAUCUGACCACGCACUCUUCUCCUGCUCUGUGGUCGACGUCUUUGCUCAGCUGAACCAGAGCUUUGAGAUUAUUAAGAAGCUGGAGUGCCCUAACCCCGAAGCGCUGUCUCACUUGAUGAGAAGAUUUGCAAAGACCAUCAAUAAAGUGCUGGUCCAGUACGCUGCAAUUGUGUCAAGCGAUUUCAGCUCAUAUUGUGAUAAGGAAAACGUGCCCUGCAUCUUGAUGAAUAACAUCCAACAGUUGCGCAUCCAGCUGGAAAAAAUGUUCGAGUCCAUGGGAGGGAAAGAGCUGGACCCCGAAGCAAGCACCAUCCUGAAAGAUCUUCAAGUCAGACUAAGCGGGGUGCUGGAUGGGCUCAGCGUCGCCUAUGGAGAAAGUUUUCAGCUUGGAAUUGAAGAGUGCAUAAAACAGAUGAGCUUUGAACUCCACCAGAUGAGGGCAAAUGGAAGCACCGUGUCCAACAGGAACAGUGCCGCACUGGACGCAGAGAUGGUGCUACGGCCUCUCAUGGAGUUCUUGGACAAAACAUUAAGCCUGUCCGCCAAAAUCUGUGAGAAGACAGUGUUGAAGCGAAUUUUGAAAGAACUGUGGAAGCUGGUUCUCAACAAAAUAGAAAAGCAGAUUGUUCUCCCUCCUCUGACAGAUCAAGGAGGACCUCAGAUGAUUUUCAUCGCAGCGAAAGACCUUGGGCAGUUAUCCAAACUGAAGGAGCACAUGAGCCGGGAGGACGCCCGGGGCCUGACACCCAGGCAGUGCGCCGUCCUGGAGGAGACCCUGGCCACCAUCAAGCAAUACUUCCAUGCCGGAGGAAACGGCCUGAAGAAGAAUUUCCUGGAGAAGAGCCCGGAUCUGCAGUCUCUGAGAUAUGCUCUCAGCCUUUACACCCAGACCACUGACGCCUUGAUAAAGAAGUUCAUAGACACGCAGACUUCGCAGUGCCGCUCCUCCAAGAACGCUGUGGGCCAGAUCUCUGUCCAUGUGGACAUCGCAGCCACCCCAGGCACCGGCGAGCACAAGGUCACCGUGAAAGUGAUUGCUAUUCAUGACCUGCACUGGCAGACCACAGCGAUGUUCAGACCCUUCGUAGAAGUCUGCAUGCUGGGCCCCAACCUCGGAGACAAGAAGAGAAAGCAAGGCACGAAGACCAAGAGCAACACGUGGUCACCCAAGUACAACGAGACCUUCCAGUUCACCCUGAGCAAGGAGAACCGGCCGGCCGCCUACGAGCUGCACCUGGCGGUGAAGGACUACUGCUUCGCCCGGGAGGACCGCGUCAUCGGGAUGACCGUGAUCCAACUCCAGAGCAUCGCGGAGAAGGGCAGCCACGGGGCGUGGUACCCGCUCCUCAGAAACGUCUCCGUGGACGAGACGGGCCUGACCAUCCUCAGGGUCCUCUCUCAGAGGGCCGGCGACGAGGUGGCUAAGGAAUUCGUCAGGCUCAAAUCGGAAAUGAGAGUCGCUGAGGACAGUGCCUGAGGCGGAGGCUGCUCCCGCGCACCGAACGGCCACCUCGCCCGCCUGUCAGUGUUGCCGGCAGCAGGCCCACAGGUACGUGGGACGGCCGAGCUCUUACGCCGCCGUCGCUGGUCCUUGGGAAAUAAUGCGCCGCGAAGUGCCAAGACUAUGGUGUAAAGUGAAACAUCAAUAAUGUCUCCACAGUGCUCCCUUCACCCGUCACUGCUCCCCACAAAGCAAACCAUGGCAGCCAUGGAGUCCUCCUUGGCUCUCUGUGAAUUUAGUUUAUCUCGCCCGACCACGAAGCGUUUGCUACUCAUAUUCUGAUUCUUUAGCUGUACUUCAUUGUAGAGCUCUCACCUGUACCCUUUUCUACCAUAAUAGAGAUGCGGUGACUUCUAGAGAGCAUUUGUAAUUUUAUAGACGCAGAUAAAUUGUGAUGAUUUUUGCAUACAAAUUAAAACAGAGAAGGUGGGAAAUAUUUUAUGUUGACCAGUUUCCAACCUUUGUGAAAUAUCACUGUGAAGAAAUUCUAUCAAAGCAAAGCUACACGAAGAAAUCCCAAAUAGUGUGUUAACAUUUGAUAUACUGACAAAACUACGUCCUGUAAAACUGCCAAAGUCACAUCACAUUUUUAAUCAGGCGAGUUGAAGCUUCUGUACAGCAGGACAUCUCCACUCACAAAUGUCCUUCUUUGGCAAGUCAGAGCAGAAAGGAAGAUCUGGUUCUUUAGGUUACCUAUGAUAAGCAACUAUAUUGUUAUUUUCUCCCUCUGACAGUUAUGACUUUCUCCUUAUUUGCUUAACUCUAUGAUCAGUUAAGUGUUACUUUUAAAAAUAUUCAACAAUUUAUACUGAAUGCAACAUUAGUCUAUACUGCACUGAAGCCAAAAGUAAUGUUUUCGUCUAUCUUGUGAAAAAUGUAAACUCCAGAGAAAUUGCUUACAAUUUUAUAAUUUAUGUUAUUUAUAAGCCCAGAAUGCAUCAGAUACAAUAGGAAAACCACGUAGCUUGGUGCACAAAAAUAUACCUAGUCUGGUUUUCGAUUAUGAAAUAGUUGACAUUUUACAUUUUCUGGAUUUUUAUGAUUUGGCUUUUAGACCUGUUCGUAAACAUUGGCUGUAGACCAGCACUCUGGAAUCGCUAACUUAGUCAUAACUGUUAGUGGAAACAAACCCCAUCCCCCUGAGUGUGUUUUGUAAAUGA